ACCAUGACCAGGGCCUUGAAAGAGGCUCUUCUCCAUCACUUUAUACAUCAGAAGCUGGAGAUUGCUUAUGCCAUAAACAAGCCAUUUCCCUUCUUCGAAGGCCUCCGAGACAAUUUCUUCAUCACCGAGAGACUGUACCAGGAAUCUCUGGAAGCCUGUAGAAAUCUGGUCCCUUUAUCCAGGGUCGUGUACAACAUCCUCACUCAACUGGAGAAUGCGUUUAGUCUGUCAUUACUGGAGAUGUUAUUCAGCCGAAUAAACCUGAGUGAAUACCCCAACUUGAUGACGACUCUCAAGAGCUUCAAAAGGGUUGUCAUUUCCAACGGAGGGUGGAGCAGAAUCACAAUGAUUCCUCUCGAAGCCGCAGCCAACCCAGCAGGAAGGAGCACUCCCUGGGCACUGCUGCCGCUGCCCACCUGCCAACACCCCUCAUCGAGCCGCCCGCCCUGCUCACCCAGUGUCAGCGAGACCGGAGCACCUGCCCAGCCCAGCGCUGAGAUCCUGCACGAGCAGCCCAGCCUUGCUGGCCUCACCGUGGCUCUCCCCGGAAUCAUCCAGGAAGGAAGGCUCACUCUGGUGUCCAGUGACAACCUGAUCCCCCAAAUAAAAGAUAAAGAAGACACUCAAGAGAUGUCCUGCACUGCAUCAGGCCCCGUGCCAGUGAAAAGAGGUGAUGCUCCUGAACAAAGUGACCCAAAGGAGCUCCAAGAGGCAUCCAGGGCACCUCCCAGCAAGAAAGGAAAGAAGAGAAAAAGAAGUAUCUGGUUAACCUCAAGGAAGAGACACCAGAAAAAAAGCCUCCCGAGAGGGGCAGCCUUACCUGGGCAUGGAAUCCAAAAGACGCUCCACGUGGCGGAGCAGGUGACUCACAGGGAGGACGACUCAACCAGGAACACAAAGGUCAUGACAAAAGCAAAAAAGAGGGCAGAAUGUGCCCAAACGCCUGCACCAGAGGAGGUCAGUGAUGACACUUCAGAGAUGGAUGAAGGAAAGAGACCCCAGGAGCCACCCAGCACACCACCAAGACUCACCCACGGUAAAGAUCCCAUGGAUAAGGGAAGCAAACUGCCUUUGGGAGAAUCUCCUGGGGAAAAACGAAGGAAGAGAAAAAUACAUAGCUGGUCAAGUUCAAAAAAAAGACAGAAAAAAAGUCUCCCAAGAGGGUCAGCCUCACCUGGACGCAGAACCCAAGAGAUGCUCCAGGUGGUGGAGCAGGUGACUGAAAGGAAGGACGACUCAACCGGAAGUUUGAAGGUCAUGACACGGGCCCAGAAAGCAAGGGCUGAACAUGCCCCAAAGCCUGCACCAGAGGAAAAGAAAAGGAUAAAAGAUGUCUGUUCAAGUGCAACAACAAGUUGUCACAGAAAUAUUCCCAUAAAGGAAAAGCCUGAAGGUGAAACUCUGGAUUUUCACUCUCCUCAACUUCCUGUGACCUGUGGCUCCUCAGAGAAGUGUAUUCAGAACAAGAAGGGACUUUGGUUCACACCGAGAGAAUUUGAAAUUGAAGGAAAACGGAAACAAUCAAAGAACUGGAAGCGGAGUGUGCUUUGCAGAGGAAAGACCCUAGAACAGCUGCUGGAGAAAGGACUUUUGCUCUGUCCUCCAAGAAAAAGUCUCAAGAGAGAGCAUAACAUCAGAGACUGUUCUCUGAGCUGCCAACACGUUUGCCUGGCACAGCGCACAGCGGAUGAGGACAGCUCUGACCCAGGCACGGGCAGCCUUGGGGCCAACCUAACACAGCAGGAAAACUCCAGGGAAUGUGAGGUAUGCUGUAGAGGGGGGCCGCUGCUCUGCUGUGACACUUGUCCAAGGGCCUUUCAUGAGGACUGUCACAUCCCACCUGCGGAGGCCGAGAGGAGCCCGUGGAGUUGCACCUUCUGCAGGAUGAAGGAGUCUUCUGGCAGCCAGCAGUGUCUCGGGGAAUCUGGGGUCCUGGCAAGGCAGAUGCAGCCCGAGGAGCAGUUGAAAUGUGAGUUUCUCCUCUUGAAAGCCUACUGUCAUCCACAAAGCUCUUUCUUUACGGAGACCCCAUGUAAUAUUCGAGAUUAUGGUGAGCCCUUUAGGGAAGCCAUGUGGUUGGACCUGGUUAAGGAAAGGCUGGCUGAGAAAGUGUACACAGUGGCCUGGUUUCUACGGGACAUGCGCCUGAUAUUUCGCAACCAUAAAACAUUUUACAAGGCCUCCGACUUUGGUCAGGUAGGACUGGAUUUAGAGGCAGAAUUUGAAAAGGACCUCAAAGAAGUGCUUAUUUUUCAUGAAGCCAGUGAGAACAGCUUCCAGGUUCCUCCUUGAUCCUGUUCUGGACGAACUAAGGCAUCCCA